AUGACGCAAAGUGGCUUCCGCAACGUGCUCCACCUGAGCUACCGCGACUAUCGGGCCGUGCCGGAGGAGCUGCGCGAGUGUUCCGACGAGAUCGACGAGAUCUACCUGAAGGAAAACCUGAUCCGCUACUUUCCCGACUGGUUCUUCGAUGAGCUGGCCCACCUACGGUUCCUGUGUCUGGCGGGGAACGUGAUCGACACUCUGCCCACCCAGCUCGGUCGCUUGCAGUGCCUGGAAACGUUGGACCUCUCGGACAACUCGCUGCAACAGUUACCGCACACCAUAGGGCAACUGGGGCGAUUGACGAAACUGCUGUUGAAUGGCAACUGGCUUGUUCAGCUACCGUCCGAGCUCGGACGGCUGCACAGUCUGGAGGUGUUAGAGGUGCGCAAAAACCGCCUCACGGCUGUUCCGGUCGCGAUCGGCCGGUGCACUGCCCUGCAGGAUCUCCUGCUAGACGAUAACCGGACGCUAGUAUCCAUCCCGAUGCGGCUCUUCAACCUUCCGCACCUGUGUUACGUGUCGGCCGAGCGCUGCAAUCUGUUCCAGCUGCCGUUCGCCAUCAACACCACCAGUCUGCGGUUUGUGCUGCUGUUCAGUGGCAACCACAGCCUCACGCACUGCCCGCUGCAACUCGAGCGCUUUACCCAACCCGACUACGAGGCGCUCGACGAGAGGCUGCGCCGCAUCCGGAACCCGUCCUGCUACCGGCAGGUGCGCUGUCCCUCGGUGCCAUACCGGCUGAACUUUCCCUCGGAGCUGGUUCGCCUCAGGGCGAGAGGUGAUCCUCGACGGGGCACGCCACGAUCGCUACUCGAACAGGCGCUCUGUGCUUGCAGCGGGGCCAUGCCGAACGGCGCGGAAGAACCCGCGUUGGCGAAGGUGUCCCUGCCGCGGCCUCUGGCCACCGCGCUGCUGGCCGGGCCCAUCGCCCGUUGCUCCAGUGUGCCCUGCGCGCGGCCCCUUUUCACCGAAGCUAUUCUGCUGCUCGCCAAACGCAAAGGGUACGCCCGGAACUUCCCGCUCAGUGCGCUGUUCUGUUCCGAGCGGUGCACCGAUCGCUGGCAUCAGUACAACUGUGAUACGUACGAGGAAUUCCCGUGGACGUUGCAUGUGCCAUGACGUAGCCCUCUCGAUGCGCCUUGAGUCGGGGUUGGAAGGGAAAGGACAACACGCGAAACGCUUAGGGCCGGUGGCGAUACUCGUCUGGAGCGUUCUGAGGUCACAGUUCCAUGAGGCGGUCCCUCCUGCGCGUCCGAUCACGGGAUCGGUCCGAUGGUCACCGGUCCGAGCAGGUGGCACUAACCGUUUGCCGUUUGAAAGCCUCUGUUUGGUGUCGACUGAAGGACAAGCUUUCGGCUCGAAAGCUUCACAGCGAUUCCUGGCUAACGCAACUGGAAGAGCAGAUUGGCGAAACAGUUUUAAGUAUUCUAGACUUUUAAGAACGUGUUGUAUUAUUGUAAUUUACAAUACUAGUUACUAGAUUUGGUUGGGGCGUUAAUA